AUGACUACUCCCCAAUUCUGGUCGACUCCUCUCCGGUACCUGCGCUGGGCCUCGCAUGAGAAGCCAGCUAUCUUCUACUCCUUGGUCGUUGGAGCGACAGGUCCUCUCAUGCUGGUCACCCUUCCCCCCAUCAGACGGUUCUUCGGUGAUGUUGACCCGGAACCUAUUCCAUUGACCUAUCCCCUUCCCCAGGGACCACGGAACAGCCCGCAAGGCUACGAUGACGAAUAG